AUGGCUCUUCGCGAGGAACUUGUUUCCUCUGCGGUUUCAUUCCUCCAAGACCCAUCGGUUUCCUCUGCACCCUUGGACAAAAAGAUUGCUUUCCUACAAUCAAAAAAUUUAACACAAGAAGAGAUCGACCAAGCACUCUCGAGAGUAGGCGAGGAUUCGUCUGCGGCUGUUGCUCAGAAUCCACCCCCAAGCACUGCAGUUCAGCAAUCCAAUUACCGACCACGGCCUCCGCAAUAUGGUCAAAAUUAUGCAUACGGACCCGGGGGUCAAUGGCAGCCUAUACCGCCUCCUCCAGAAUUGCCGAAACGGGAUUGGCGAGAUUGGUUUAUUAUGGCUACUGUGAUGGGUGGCGUUGGAUACGGCUUAUAUGCUGUUGCUAAACGUUAUAUCACACCACUUAUCUCCCCUCCCACCCCUCCUCAACUACAACAAGACAAAGAGAGCAUUGACGAGCAGUUCUCUCGUGCUUUUGCUCUCCUCGAUCAGCUGUCAAGCGACACAGCAACCCUAAAGGCAACGGAAGACGCACGAACCGAGCGCCUCGAUACUGCACUUCGCGAAGUGGAAAAUGUGAUUUCAGAUUUAAAAACUUCUUCACGACGGCGGGAUGAGGACACCCGACGUAUUGGGGAGGAAGUAAAGAGUUUAAAAGACAGCAUACCCAAAGCCAUCGAUGGCGCAAAGGAAGGAAACGAAAAGAGACUCAAGGAACUGGGUAACGAGCUGAGAAGUUUGAAAGUCCUUCUCGGAAAUCGACUUAGCUCGGCAUCCAGCAGCGUCCCAGCAGUUUCUUCUACGCCACGGCCCACCUCCACCAUCCCUCAACCAAGUCAAGAUACAUCCGUAAAUCGCCCCAACGGGACAGCUCCUCCAUCACAAACUGCCACACCUGCUCCUGUAUCCACCCCCGCACCACAACAUGUGCCAACUCCUACACCCAGAGAGAAUUCCAGCAGCCCAUUUUCACAACUUGGAAAGCCUGCAAGCAUCCCUGCAUGGCAGAUGGCCGCUGCCAAUAAAUCCAAGAAUGCUACGGUGGAGAACGCAAGCUCCAGCGAUGACCAGCAGGCAAAUGCUCCUGCUAGCUAA